AUGGCGCCCAACAAGAGCCUCAUCUUCAAGAAGAUCCCCACCGGCGUCCCCGUCCCCGGCGAGCACCUGGCCGUCGAGACGCGCGACAUCGACCUCGAGACACCCCCCCCGGGCGGCCUCAUCGUCGAGGUGCUCUACGCCUCCUUCGACCCGUACCUGCGCGGGCGCAUGCGCGACCCGAGCGUCAAGUCGUACGUCCCGGCCUUUGAGGCCGGCCAGCCCUUUGCCAACGCCACCGUCUCGCGCGUCCUCAAGAGCGGCAGCCCAGACUUCGGCGAGGGCGACUUGGUGGUUGCGUCGACGGCCAUUGCAGAGUAUGCCCGCAUCGAAAAGGCCGUGGCCCCGGCCGUCAACAAGAUCAGGAACCCGCAUGGCCUCGAUCUCGGCCUCUUCCUCGGUCCCCUUGGCAUGCCCGGCUUGACCGCCUGGUCGGGCCUGCACAAGAUCGGCAAGCCGCAGAAGGGACAGACCGUCUUCGUCAGCUCGGCGGCCGGCGCCGUCGGCCAGGUUGUCGGCCAGGUCGCCAAGCGGGAGGGCCUGACCGUCAUCGGAUCCGUCGGGGACGACGACAAGCUCGACUUCAUCACCAAGGACCUGGGCUUCGACGCCGGCUUCAACUACAAGAAGGAGAAGCCGCUCGACGCCCUGCGCAGACUGGCCCCCAAGGGCAUCGACAUUUACUUUGAGAAUGUCGGCGGAGACCAGCUCGAGGCUGCCCUCGAGGCCAUGAACGACGGCGGCCGAAUUGCGGCCUGCGGCAUGAUCAGCGACUACAACACCCCCCAGUCGCAGAGAAAGGGCAUCCAGAAUCUGAUGCACAUCGUCGCCAAGCAAAUCACAAUGCAGGGCUUCCUCGUCACCAACCCCGACUUCGGCCCGGCCUAUGCCAAGGAGCACCAGGAGAAGCUGCAGGAGUGGCUGGGCGACGGAAGCAUCAAGGCGAAGCUGCACGUCACAGACGGCAUCGACAAGAGCGCCGAGGCCUUUGUCGGCAUGCUGCGGGGCGAGAACUUUGGCAAGGCCGUGCUCAGGAUAAAGGGCGAGUCGGCGGGGAGCAAGAUUUGA